AACGCAACUGCGUGGUUACCAUACAUUUUAGUCAUGUAAUGCUUUCUGCUUGUUGAGGGAAACAAAUUUGAAUGUCUUGAUAGUGUCUGAUUCAUAAAUAUUGACAUGUGUAAUUGAACAACAGUUUGUAUUUAAGAGCUUUAUUCCAGUAUUAUACGAAAGUUAUGGUUCUCACAAAGGAAUAUCGGAUAUGUAUGCCUUUGACUGUCGAAGAGUACCAAGUUGGUCAGCUGUAUAUGAUAGCACGUCACAGCCAUGAGCAGACAGAUUCAGGGGAGGGUGUAGAAGUGGUCGAGAACGUUGCUUGUGAGGAUCCAGAACACGGGAAGGGUCAGUACACGGAGAAAAGGAUUCAUCUAUCUAGUCGACUUCCAUACUGGAUCCAGUCAUUCAUACCGAAACUAUUUUAUGUGACAGAAAAGGCAUGGAACUAUUACCCAUUCACUAUCACAGAAAGUGGAUAUACAGUUUUCUGCUCCUUUGUUUCAUGUUCAUUCCGUUCGUGGGUUGAAACAGAAUACACCUGCUCGUUUAUACCCAAGUUCAGCAUAUCGAUAAAGACAAAAUAUGAAAAUAACAAUGGAAGCACAGAAAAUUGUCUUAAUCUGGAUCCUGUCUCCCUAAAUGAAAGACUCAUAGAAUUUGUUGACAUUGCGUACGAUGAAGUGAAUCCAAAACACUACAAGGAAGAGGAGGAUGUGAGGUACUUCCAGUCUAAGAAGACAGGGAGGGGUCCCUUGGUUGAGGGGUGGAGAGAGGCUGUGACUCCCAUCAUGUGCUCCUAUAAGAUGGUUCAAGUCUCAUUUGAAGUGUGGGGCCUUCAGACCAAGGCUGAAGAUCUGAUCCAGAGGAGUAUCCGAGAAAUCUUGCUUCUUGGGCACAGACAGGCAUUUGCUUGGAUAGAUGAGUGGUAUGGUAUGACACUGGAAGAUGUCAGGAUUUACGAAAAACAGAUGCAACAUGAAACCAACACGAAGGUGGUUGGGAAUGGUGACCCUGACGUGACCGCAUUGAAGGAUGAGAAUGCUGUUCAUUCUGGAAGUGAUACCAUCAAACCUGCGUCCACAUCAUCAACACCAACGGCACACACACCGACAACUCCUAACACUCCAUGUACACCAAAGUCUAAGUCAUGGUUUUCUUGGUCAUAGUAAAUUGAAACAAAGUUAAAGGCACUUCUACUUAUGUAUUCAGUAAUACUUCACUUUGUCAAUGUAAGACUUUUUUCUGUCUUGUAAUGUGACAUUGACACCAACACAUGGAAGUAAAUGGUGUUUACCAAACAUCGUAGUUAUACAUUACUGUACUGCAUUUUAAUGGUUGUUGUUUUCCUACCUUUUUAUUUAACUCAAACCAUGGAUUACAGAAAGUGAAUUGUAUCAUAACAUUGUGAAUUAAAUUAUGUAUGUGUAUACUACAUUAUAUAGAAAGCAGAUCUAUAGACAACUAGUGAAACAUGAAUACAUUUUAGAUAAAAUGCACAUUAUUUAAGCAAGUAACAAAGCCUAGUGAGAUGUGUUAGUUUGUGACCCUAGAGUGUUUGAUGUAGUUUUCUGUUGGGAAUACACUCAGCCCUCAGUUUGUCACCUGCAACGCACCGAGCGAAUAGUGAAGUUAUCACUCAGUUCCCAUCUUUGUGCAGCCUUAAAUUAUUUCUUGUACAAAGAGAAUGCAGGAAGUGGCUUCAUUCUGCUAGACAGAAGAAAGAAAGCUUUCAAUAUAGUUACCUGCUAUUGGAGGUUGACUGUAUCAAUCAUUAGAACCUCUGUAAAAUUUAAACAUAAUCUCAUAGAUUAAAUUUGCUUAUUGUUACAGUCUUUCAGUUUUAUUGCCGCCACAGAAUUUUUAUUUUUACAUCACCAAUUUUAUAGUUUGAAUCAUUAUUUGAAGUUAUUCUUUGUUUCUCUGAAUGAUGAUUCCGAUGUGAACAAAAAGGAGGGCACUCACCUCACACUCACCAUGUGACUGGAGGUAGAUGAGCUCACAUAUAUCACCUUGGUGCACACUCAUAAGAAGUGAAACCAUUAUUUAUUAAUCACUUCUCUGUCAUAUGUUGGCCAUGGGAUUAUGCAAACCAUUUUAUCAUGUUUGCCACACUUUUUAUGAAUUUAUUAAUACCUCCCAUUAGUUAAUUUUAAGCGUUCUGUACAAAACACAUCAUGAGUCAAUGAGGACUCCAGUAGGUACUGUUUCGUCCAUGAGUUUUGUAGUAAUUCAACUGCAGAAAUGGUCUUGGUUUUAUCCAACAGUUGAGUGCAGAAUGAUUAUGGAUUGUCAUAUCUGAUAAGGGCUUUGUUUUGUGUCACUGAGAUCGUGGAGAUUUUACAUAUAGUAGCGCAACACUUAACAGUGGUUGCACUUUAUUUCUUCAUGUUGUGUGGGACUGCAUACCCACACAUGCAAGUAGUCACGCCUUAAACUUCUUCUGGGUUGUUGUGCCAUGUAGUCUGGUAGAAGAUUACCUUCUACAUCUACCAGAUUACAUGGCACAAUAACGAAGAAGAUGGCCAUCUUCAGACUCUCCGCCAUGAGAACCUCAAGUCCUACUACGGAUAACUACUGUUGGCAAAAAUUACUAUUCUUGCCGUUCAUCAGGCAGCUAUUUGGCGGGACCAAAGUCUGUUGAUUUUAUCAUUUUACAACCGUUUUAUUUUAUCAGAAGUAUAAAGUUUGAUGGAAAAGAAAUUUUAAUUUUCGUGCUGGUAGUAAUAUUAACUUUUUAUGUUUUAAGUUUAUUAAUACUGGAAGUUGCUUACAUUAUAGUUUAACUCAAGAUACAACUGUUCUUAAAAAUAUUUUUAAAGCAUGUGUACAAAGGUAUAUAUAUGAAGAUGGCCAGUGUUGUAAUAUCCAAUCUAAUACCCCUGGAAGCAUGAGGCCAAUACUUUGUAUUGUAUAACCUUCUGUUAUAGGUGUAUGAACACGUAUGUCUGUUCAUACUGAAUCAAUCUUGGCAGAAAUUGCGUAUGUUUAAUUGUACCAUAGCCCAAAUUGGCCUGCUUACUCCUUCUGUUCUUGUAUUCCUAUUUAGAUGAUGAAUGUUCUAAAAUAAGAAAGACUGAGUGUAAAAAAUUUUGUGGCCUGUAGUCUGCAGUCUUUCAAUCAAGAUACUUUUUCUCAAUGUGGGUAUCAUUAUUCUUAGAAGCACACGGAUUUAAAUUCAUAAAGCUGUUGCUGGUUGAACAGUGAUACAGCAGUGAAGUAGAACUGAUGAGAGGUGAAAAGAAUUUCAUGAGAUAAAAUUUAUGAAGAAGCAAUGACAAUUGUUUGUACAACAAAAGGAAUUAAUAAAAUUAGAAACAACAUGUUGGAAGAAUGAGUUUUUGGUGAUCUUAAGAAGAUCAUAAAAUGUCAACCCAGAAGAAGUAGAAUAUGUUUUGGAAAGAUUUUGUCAUGUAUAACUCUAACAGGACAACUAAGUCUUAUACUGGGAUGGAUGAUGAUAAUGAUCUUGGUGACAUACCUUUCUUCUGUUUGUUGAAUGAUGCGAUUUUCCCACAUUUAAACUUUGAAGCAGCCUAGGUACUUGAUAGGUAUAUAUUUAAUAGAUACAACUUAUGUAGUUAGAUAUUUUAAUGAUGAUUAUGGGCUUCUUGAAAGUACUAAGAAAGAUCAUGAAAACUGUGGGAUAGCUCAAUUGUAAACAUUUAUGUACUUCACCAUAUACGGAUGGUGCCAAGAGAUUUCAAGUGGUUAUUGUCAAGGGGGGUCAAAACAUGUAAAGUUUGAGUAACGCUCGUGGAAAGUGAAGUGUUAUUGUACUGUCUUGAAUCAAGGCCUGACAGUAUAAGACAAUUACUUUAUAUGAGAAGUUUCUUUUAGGUACAGAAUAAUUUUUGUACCUGAAUUAAUUAUGUUGUAUUCUUUCUUAUAAAAGUUUGGUUACAUGUUUUGUAUAUCCUGUAGAGUAAUUCAAUAUCUAGUAAGAUAUUAAUGUGUUUAUACAAAAAGUUAUUAUUCUUUAACUCUUGAUUAUAUAUUAGAAGACUUCACUGCACCUUACUU